GAAAGAGCAGAGUCUCAGCAGCAGAGGUAGAAGAGCUGCACAUUAACGCAGGAAAGACAAGAGAGAAGAAGGAGCCAGAGAAGAAGAAGAGGAAGCAGAAGAGGAGGAGGAGUGUUGGAUGUAGCAGUAGCGGUUGUUGCGGCUCUUGUUGAUGCGGGGAAUGGUCGCCUCUCUAACUUUGUGACUGUGACUCUCACGGUGAGAGGAGGACGCAGAGGAUGGGAGUAACCUGGUCCUCCAGAUGUCUCUCUCUCUUUCUAGCUCUUCAUAUCGUCUCCGUGUUGCAGACGGUGCUGGUCAGUGCGGGUCAAUGUGACUCCGUGUUUAAAGGCUUCUCAGACUGUCUGCUUCAGUUGGGGGAGAACAUGGCCAACUAUCCCCAAGACCUGGACGACAGGGAGAACCUGCACAAGAUCUGCAGUUACUGGGAUAACUUCCACUCCUGUGCCACGACGGCGCUGGCGGACUGCCAGGAGGGAGCGACGGACCUCUGGGAGAAACUGAAAAAGGAGUCCCGCAACCUGGAUUUCCGUGGGAGUUUGUUUGAACUCUGUGGUGGCGGCAACGGGGCCCCUCGAUCAGCUGACGCCAGGGGCCUUGCCUUGUUCCUAACCACGCUGCCCACCAUACUGACUUGGCUGGCGUUUUAACAGAAACGAGGAAAAACAUAACAUAAAAACACAAAGAAGAAAAAAAGAAAAAAGAAAAUAGAAAAAGAGUGAUAGCUGCUCUUCAGUGCUGAAAAAAAUGACAACGCAGAGGACUGAGUCUGACUUCAUCACCUGAUAAAAAUACUCCCUAACUGGAUUUUUUCUACAUCACUCUACGGCGGCCUGGUUUGCCUUCCUUGGACAUCUGCAGGCCGUCCUCCUGCAGCACUCAUCCAAUCACACGCCGACCUGACCCGGAGGUCGAUAACAUGAAAUAUUCAACACGCCGUCGAGCUGAAAUGAUGACAAUGAUGAAAAUUUGAUGGAUCCUUGCCCGCUUACAAUCGUGGAAUUACACAGUAUUAAAGUCAACCAUGAAUUAUUGAUGUUUAGAAGGCUAGGCCGCUCUAGACAGCUCUAUGUGACUGCAGGGUGCUGACACAGAAUCAGGCUAUAUAUUAGGGCUGCCAUACAGCCUGAGGAACAUACUCAUGUGUAAGGGGAGGCCCAGCUUAAGCCACAAAAUCAAUAAGACAAGCCGAGGCCUCCAGCGCCAGUCACCACAUUGCCACUACGGACAGUUUUUCCUUUUUUAUUGCGCCAAGUUGACUGUGUUGAUCCGGUAGGUUUGAUAGACUGAAUGCUUGACAGUGAUGUAAUAUUUGUAUUCUUAUUGGCUGUUUGUUGUGUUCAGGCCACGGUCACACCAGCUCAUAGACAGUGGUUCAUUUACUUUGAAUGUGUAAAACGUCCCCCAGUAAACAUUUCAGGCUAAUUCAUAACGUUGAUUGAAAGCUAAACAGUGAUGGUGUCUACGUUUUACCCAUGCAGCAUGGCUUACAGUCGCUCACUGAGCUGUGGUGCUUAUUCUUGAAUUCAUAGUCUACUUUUGAUGGUUGGACGGACUAGUGAGCUUGCUUUCAGAGAAUCAACGAGAAACUUUCCCAUUACUGGUGUGAUCGUGGCCUUUUUCCCUCGCCAAGUUCUGAGGUGUAGGGAUGUAGAUGAGAGUGUAAAGCCUGCUUUUCAUAAAAGAACAGUUUACUGAUGUCCAAUUGCAUGUAGUCGGAUCAUACAGUCUAAACAUUUCAGGAAAUGAGCACAAACUGCUACAAUGCUAACAAAAAGAGCACUAAAAACAGAGUAGUUUCCAUCCUUUGGUGCCAACUAUGAUUUCUGCUAGCCAAAAAAUGGUUCCUAUAAUCCUAAAGCAAACACGUGCAACACAAACUGGUAUUUCAAUGACUGUUUAAUCACCAGAUUAAGUAAUAAACAGUUAAAGUUAGUCAGGGCUAAAACUGACCUGGUUUAAGUUAGCUACCAAAUGGGAUUAUUUAACACUACCAAAACAUUUGAUACUAUUGAUUAUCUCUGGUUAUUCUAUAGCUCAGUUUAACAAAAAGUAUAGCCUAAUGUAGAGAGAGGAAAGCUAGCUAAAGCUUCACCAAAUAAAUGUAGGCUAGCUCAUCGAUUACAGCAAAUAAACCAGUCAAAUGGCGACUAGUCAGCAGAUCAGUUUAACAGCUAAACCGGACUACAGGAAACUAAAGGCUAAUUUCCCAGUCAAUUGAGAUAGAUAUAAUUAGCCUAUUUAGCAAACAAAUCAGGAUAAGAGGCUAACUCAUUAGUUUAGAAACUUAAGUGUAUAAAUGAUGGCUAUCAAACAAUUCAGCUUAUUAGCCAAACCAGACUGGUAGAGACUAGCUAAUUGUUUCGUUUAGUAGCUAAACAAAUAAAUUAAAAAUAGUUAAUUUUUCUCAAGCAGCUCCACCAGAAUCAGAGAAAAGUUUAACAACCUCACCAUACCGUAUGGAUGAUAGCUAGCUAACAGUUCUGUUUAACAGAAACCAUGAAAAGCUAGCUAACUAGACUAGUUAAGUUAAGCAUUCAAAUUAUAUAUUUAAAGCUGCUAGUUAUCAAAUAGCCUGUCAACUGAAAUGAUACAGGCUAGCUAUAUUCAGUCUAUUGCUCUAAGAAUAUAUGGUGGCUAGCUAAUAUCUCAAUUUAGUAACUAAACCAGUUAUUCAGGCAAACUAACUCCUGAGGUAAACAGUUUAACUAAGUAAUUAAAGCUAAUGGUUUUAUUCUCCAGCUAAAUUAAACGAAUUAAAAGUAGCUAAAAGACACAACUUAACCAGAAUGAUAGGCUAGCUUAUUUCUUUUAACUUCAUAGAUGGUUGCUUGCUCAGACUUGAGUUGAACAGCUAAAUUAGACACAUAAAACUAGCUAAGGGUUUUGUUUAGAAGCUAAACAUAAUGAUUUACAGUAGUCAUUUAGAAAGCAGCUACACCAGAAUUAAAGAUUAGCUAAUCAGUUUAGCAAUGUAACCAUAUCAAAAGGAUGAUGGCUAGCUUAUGGUUUUCUUUAACAGAAACCAUUAAAGGCUAGCAAGCUAAGCUAGUUAGAAGUUCUGAAACUGUAGGCUAAUGUGGAGUCUUCAUAAAGGAAAUGUAUUUAGAAAGUUUACAUGAUGAUUAUAGGACAAAGAUGCUGUUCUUAAAAGCGUGCCAUCUUGAUGCUGUUUUCCAAAGUUUUCAAGCACCCAAAACGCCAUUUGUCAUGUCAAUGAGCUGCCAAAACACAACUAAAGGUCACAGUUUCAUCAUAUAAACAUGGCCAAACCAGGUAAAAACAAACACUUCUGUAUUAAGUUGCCCAUUUUCUUGUUUUAUUAGUCUUUGUGCUCAUUUCCUGCGAUGCCAUGGGGAAACAUUUGGAGUAAAAGUUGCCGUCGGACACGUCAGCCCGACGGAAACUCUAUGGAGGACCUGAUGGACGUGAAAGUAGAACCACAGUGUUAUUAACUUUAUUUCAUGUUGGUGGUUGAUUUCUUAAUGUUCCUCCUGUCCAAUCACGUUCCUGCUCAGCAGAACCAUGUGUUAGAAAUGAAUGAAUCUGUGAGUCAAGCGGUUAAAAAAAAACAGUAUUUUUCAAAGUCAACAGCAAUACGAAGACGUGACUUCAUGGCCAGUGUAGCUAUAAAAAAUCAAACCGUGGCUGAAGAGAGAUAUGACUGUUGCCAUUUAGCACAUUCCCCUGUUUUCAUACGCCCAUACUAGACGAUCUUAGCGGUGAUAUAUUUUAGGUCUGUAUGUUAGAUUUUAAACGACCAGUCCCAACAGUCCAGUAGCAUCGUAAACGACAUAAAUACAGUAAAUAAACCCGCGGAUGGUUGUUUGUUUCUUUGCUGAGGCACAGAUGACAUUUCCACUGCCUUCUGACUAAAAAGAUGUGUACUUUUGUUUGUCUGUUGGUUUGUCUCUUUGUUUGUUUAUGGGGAAAACAAAAAGAAAAUUAUACCAGAAAUCAUCUAUCGAGAGAGUAUGUAUAUCAAAUGAUUUUGAGAAAAUAAAAGAAGCUCUAUUAUAGAUAGUUUAUCCCAGACAGUUUUAACACAAGAUUGAUACUUUACAGAUUAUCAUAGGCCUACUGAGAUAUUACAGAAAAUAAUAAAAGAAGAUUGAUAACAUGACAAAGAGUAAUAAA